CGGCACCUGGCCUCGGCCACGUGAGUCGCCGUCCCCACCUGCCCAGCUGACCCCCGGUGUAUGGCCGUGGGCGCAGCUGCACUGCGACUGCUCCUUGGCCGAGUGAAACGUCUCCUCCGCGCCGGUCGGCUCCGCCUACGUCACAAGCGUAGCGCGCAGAGCUUGGAGCGAGGCACCACUGAGCUGGUGAUCCGAGCUGGUACCGCUGAGAGGAGCCUGUUCUCUGUUUCCGAGCCGCCCGACCGCGGCGGCCUGGUGACCUCAGGUCAGGUCAGCUCCGAUCGCCCAUCGGGGGUCAGCAGUGCGGGUCAGGUCGACAACGACUCAAAGCGACCGGCAGCCGCCCUCACAGGGCCGGCCAGGCCUGCGGGCCCCGAAGUCUCAGGACCGGGCCCGCGCACUCUUCGCGUCCCUCCCAGUUGGCCAGCAAGACCGGCAGCCGACUUUGCGGAAACACCGCUCAGCUCUGCGGGUGACGUCAAUCGCUUCCCACUGCGGCUGCGUGACGUCACAACAGUCAAUCAGCAACUGCAACGGACAGCGGCGGCAGCAGAGCGCAACUUGACUGAUUCUUUGAACGGCAACCCAACCAACGCCAUGGACGAAACGGACAGGGUCGUCCAACUUGAGCGUCGCAAUGCCGAGCUCCAGCGCGAGCUGGCGGACGUGCAGGACAAGCUGUCCAACUCUCGCGCUGAGAGGGACGACAUCGGCAUCAAAUACAGCGCCCUCACGGACCGGCUGGAUCGAAUGAUGAAGCCCGGCGACGACAACCUGACGUACGACGCGGCACCUUCCCGGUCAGCCACCUCCGGCCGCCCGGACGCCAACCGGGCCACCGCCAUUGACACGAUUGGGCGUGGCCGGCGGCUGGAGGAGGAGAACCAGGCGUUCCGGCGCCGCCUGGAGACCUACCAGGAGUCGCAGCGCCAGCAGGCGCAGGUGGUGGCUCAGCUGCAGGACAAGGUGCAGCAGUACAAGCAGCGCUGCGCCCAGCUGGAGGACCGGAUGGCCGACUCGGGCCGCCGGCUGGCCGCCGCCGAUCAGCGCACCCAGGAGCGGCUACAGACCGCCGCCGACCGGGACCACGCGCUGGACCUGGAGACCGCCCUGGUCCGCCUGGAGGAGGCCGAGAACAGAUGUGUGACUCUCUCGGAUGUGAACGCGCUGCUGAGGGAGCAGCUGGACGCCGCCCAGGAGGCCAACGAGGCCCUAACCGGCGAGAUUCAGAAGCUGACGGCCGACUGGCAGCGACUCCGUGACGAGAUGGAGCACAAGGAGCUGGACUGGAAGGAGGAGGAACAGACCUUCAACGAUUACUACAACGCUGAACACGCGCGCAUGCUGAAACUCUGGAAGGAGAUCGUCGGCUUCCGCCGCGACUUCAGUGACCUGAAGCUGGGCACCGAGCGUGACCUGAGCCGGGUCAGGUCAGAAAUGGCCCGGCUGGCUCGUCAGACGGCCGACGCCUGCAGCACUGUCAAUGUGACGGGCUCUGGCCCCGAGCAGACGCCGCCGGCCGCCGGCGGGGCCGCCUCGGCACCGGCCGUUCGCAAACAGGUGUCCCAGAUGUCGGCCGCAUUCAGCAAUGCCGGCAUGUGGGAAAAGAUGCAGGACAUUCAGAAACAGGAGACCACAUUCCGAGUCAAGAAACGGGAAAUGGAAACGAAAAUCAAGGACCUCAGCAACCAGCUGGACAUGUCGCGCAGUGAGGUUGUGGAGAAGGAAAAGAUGGUCGUCUCUCUGAACAAAAUGGUCCACACUCUGGAGACGAGCGCUGCAGAGCUGAGUCAGAAGCUGGAGGCGUCGCGUCUGGUCUCCGAGGAGAACGACGUCCUCUCUCAGGCGAUCCGCGAGGUGGCUCAGCUGGUGGUGGACGACUCGGAGCGCGGCCCCGAGACAGACGACAAGGUCACCGUGCUCGUCAAAUCCACCUCGCUGGCCAGGCCUCUGUCGCGUGCUCCGCGCUCUGCAUCGCCGCCUCCCGCGGCUACUCUUUCCGAAGGCACGCUGACCGCCGUCCAGGCUGCGCUCAAUAAACGACAGCUACAGCUCCAUGACCUACAGGUGAAGCUGACUGGUACCGAGGAGCAGCUGGCGGCGCUGCGCCGGCGUGCUGAGGAGGCCGAGAACCGCCAGCAGCUGCUGGAGACCCAGCUGCAGGAGACGCGGGACGCCCAGCUGGGUACAGAGCGAGAGCGAGAUGACGCCCGACGCGAGGGCGAGCGACGCCGGCUCCAGGUGGAGACGCUCACGGCGGAGAAGGAGCAGCUGGAGGGCACGAAAGCCUCCCUCAGCAGUCAGAUUGAAGAGCUGCAGAAGGAAAUGGACCAGCUGCAGGUGAACUACCAGGAGCUCCAGAGGUCCCGAGACUCACUGGAGGACGAAAAACAUUACCUCACCAGUGAAUUGGACAAACUCAAGGCAGCACUCAACGAAUGUAAAGCCCUGCUUGACGACAAAGACACCAAGGCGGGCACCCUAAAGGAGACGGUCAUCUCCCUCAAGGAGUCCAUCAACAAGGCCAAACUGGACAACGACGUCCUCAUCCGAGAGAAAGGAGACUUGGAAGAGCUGCUGCGCAAAUGUGAACUCAAGAAGGGUGACUUGGAGACGCAGGUGAACCGACUGCGUGCCGAUGAAACCUCCCUCCGCGACGCACUCAUGAAGAUUCAGAGUCUCAACGACGGCCUCGGCGCCGACAAGAGUGACCUCAGCAAGACACUUCAGCAGAUGGCAGCCGAGCGGGCUGUGCUACAGUCGGAGCGCGCUGAGCUCGAGGGAGAGGUAGCCGCCCUGCGGGAGGAGCUUCUGCGCAUGGAGCAGGACAAGAUGACCGCCUCCUCGGAGCGGGUCACCCUGCAGGAGACGCUGACGACAACCGAGCAAGAGAGGAGCAAGGUGGGUGCAACAAGACGGUCACGCAACCUGGAUGACCGUCUGUCGGAGCUACUGGCCGACCAGUCCGAGCUAGAGAGCCGCCUCUCGGCCCUGGAGCGGCAGCGCGCUGGACUCCAGGAGGAGCUGGCCCGCUCCAAGCAGGAGCAGGAGCGCUCGACCACAGAGACGGGCCGCGUCACCCGCCAGAGGGAGGCGUUGGCCCGUACUGCCGGCGAGCUGGAGGCUCGUCUGUCGGCGCUGCAGAAGGAGCACAGCAGCCUGCGGGAGGUGCUCGCAGCCAUCCGAGCCGAGAAACAGCACGCCGAGAUGCAGCUGUACGAGACCAGGUGCGCGCUGGAGGCCGCCGAGGCCGCGCGCCAGCAGCUGGAGGACGACAACAAGCAGCUGACGGUCCGCCGAGAGGACGUCCAGCAUCGACUGGACACCUGCCGCCGCGACAUGGAGCAUCAAGUUGAGAGCCUGCGCGGCAGCUGCGCAGAGUUCCAGCGCCGCGCUGAUGAGGCUCGCGCCGAACAAGUGCGCGUAGUCACGGAGUUGAAACAGGUUCAUGAGGAGGAGGUCAGCCGGCUGCAGAAGGAACGGGAGGAGACGGUACAGCAGCUGGAGACGCGCCUGCAGAAGUCGGUGCAGGCGCUAACCGUGGAGCAGGAUGACCUGCUGUCGCAGAAGGAGCAGCAGAUUCAGACUCUGUACCGGGAGCUGGACAAGUCGGCCCGCGACUCGGAGAGCCAGCUGCUGGCCGCGGAGGUUACCAAACAGCAGGCGCUCACGCUCGCCCAACAGGAACACGCAGCCGUCAAGGACCGGCACCAGCAGCUGCAGCAGGAGCUGGAGCAGGCGCGAGCUGAGCUGGAGCGCGUCAGAGCCGAGGCUGCCUCCCAGGCCGAGCUGGCGCGCACGGCCGCCGGAGCACUGCACACUGAGGUGGCCAAACUCAAACAGCAGCUCGAGAAUAAGACGGCCGUUCACGAGAGGGAGGUCACCUCACUCUCCACUCAGAUCCAGGAAGCGCAGAAGCUGCGCGACCAGGCAGAAGCGGCACUGGCGCAGCUCAAGGUCAAGCUCAAGGUCACCGAGGAGCACCGCGACCGGCUCCAGCGAGAGCUGACAGAGGCGACUCGCGCUCUCAAGGAUGCGGAGGCGCGGGCUGAGAGCACCGGCCGGUCGCUGGCCGACACGAAACGAGAGCUCCAGGAGGCCGAGCACGAGCGAGCCACGCUCGAGGAGAGCAACGGGGAGCUGCGAGACAAGGUUAAACGGCUCGAGGGAGAGAAGGGCGAGGCCAGACGCGCCCUCGAGGAGGCAGGACACAAGAUCAAUGCGCUAGAGUCGGCCCAGGAGUCGGCUGCCAAGGAGUGCCAGGACCUGCGCGCACAGCUGCGCGAGCUGGAGCGCAGUCGUCUGGACUCGAGCCGCGAAGCUGCCGAGCUGCGCCGCCAGCUGGAGCAGCUGCAGCUGCAGAUGCGCGAGCGGCUGUCGCAGCUGUCCGACCUGCAGCAGCGGCUCAGCCGAGAACAGGAGGCCGGCGAUAACUGCAAACGUGACCUGGUCACCGUUCGACAGCAGACUCUGGAGCUGGAGACUGCGCGCGACUCACUGCAGAAGGCUCUGGCGGACGCCGAGCGUCGUCUUACUGAGGCACAAGAGAAGUCGCGCUGGCGAGAGCGAGACCUCGCCACCGCUCUGGACGAGAGCAAAAACACCAACAAGGCGCUAGAAGAGGAAAAGAAGAACCUUGAGAUCCGACUGGGCGCCACCACACAGGACGCCAACGAUCUUAGACUGAAGCUGGUUUCCUCCGAGGGCCGUGUGGAGGCGUUGGAGGCGCAGCUGGGUCGUCUGGACGCCGGCAGACGUCAGGUGGAGCGCCGCCUGGCCGACACCUACACCACACUGCGGCGCGUCACUGGACUGCGGCUGGACGGCGCCGGCGGAGUCGGAGAGGCUCCCUGGAGGCCGUCCACGGCCGCCUCCAGUCCCACCGGCCGCCGCACGCCAGGCAAAGCCGACAGCGAUGAGGUGUCUGAGUGCACUCUGCACUUAGACAUCGACUCAGACUGUGAGUCGGACGAUGUCUUGAGACAACUGGAGAAGGUGGCUGCCGCGUUAGAGAAGGGCGCCGGCUCUGUUUAUGCUACACCGACUGAUUCACGUGUGGAGUUCGAACCUCUGCUGACGGCCGAGCGGGCCACCUCUCUGGACCGCGGACUGGACGAGGCGGCCGCCGACGCCGCCGACUCGGCCGCCGCCGGAACCGUACCGCUGGGACCCGGUGGACGCGCAGCCCGCGCCGUGGACGUGGAUCCGGAGUUUGUGCGCAUGGGACUGCGCGAUCUGAUGCAGCAGGUGGCGCGCGUCGAAAGACAGAGGGACGACGCACUGUCGCAGUGUCAGUCGGUGGAGCGGGAGCUGGGCGAGGCCCGUAGUGCGCUCACCGAUCACCAGACCCAGUUGGAGCGGUGUCAGCAGGAGCUGGCCGCCGGCCGCACCGAGCGACAGUACCUGGAGACGCGCAUCAGCUCCUCGCAGUCCGACUGCACCAGCUACGAGGAAACGAUUAAAAAGCAGACGACUGAGCUCCGAGUGAUACAGGAGCGUAUCGUGAAGCUCGAGACAAGCAACACGAAACUACAGAUGGAGAAAGACGUACUGGAGGACAAGCUGGGAGCUCUGCGCCGGCACGAGUCUCAGCAGCAAGAGGAGCGUCGUUCUCUGCGACACAGCCUGGAGCAGCAGGAGGCACGCGGCGCGCAGCUGGAGACCACCCGGCGCGGGCUGCAGGGCGACCUGCAGCGCUCUCAGAAACUGGUCCAGGAGCGAGACGCCGAGAUCAAGUUGCUGAAGUCGCGGCUGGAGGACUGCCAGAAGUCACUCUCCACAUCCGAACAGAGCUGCUCCAAGCUGAAGCUGACCAUCGAGCGUCUGCAGCAGCAGCUGAGUGCCGCCGACUCUGCACAGGGCGAACUCAAGGACCAGGCAGAGCAGCUCAGUCGACAGCUCACAGAGGCCAACGAUAAACUCACUCAAGUACAGGACAAAUUGCAGAAGGCCCAGCGGCAGCACCAGACGGUCCAGCAGGAGCGUACCGUGCUAGAGGAGCGGCUGACAGCCGCGCAGCAGAGCACAUCCGAGCUGAAACGGCACAACGGAGAGCUGGUGGAGCGCAACAGCGCUGCGCAGCGCGAGCUGACACAGGAACGGCUGCUGCGCUCCCAGGUCGAGCUGCAGCUGAAAAACAGCCAGCAGUCGCUGCAGCAGAAGUCUAACAGGGAGCAGGAGCUUCAGGACAAACUCCGUAAACUGGAAAUGGAGAAGAACGACCUCAGCAACAAGCUGACAGCACUCCAGCGCAAGAUGUCUCAGCUGGAGAUUGAAAAGCGCGACCUCGACCGGAACCAAGUGCAGCUGGAGAAGGACCGCGCCGCCCUAAUGAAAACACUGGACAAGGUGGAGCGGGAGCGUCUCACCGCUGACGAGACGGCCGCCAAGAGCAGUCUGGAGCGCUCGGCACUGGACCGCACCCUCAGCUCCGCCGAGCAGGAGAACGCCGAGUUACAGCGCCAGGUGCGAACACUGGAGCAGCAGCUGGCCAACCUGGAGCAGCAGCACCAGCAGCGAAUCAACACCAUCACCGCUACUGGAAAGGACGCUUCAUUCGACUCCGAUCAGCUGCGCAGCCGUUACAACCAGCUGGAGAAGAGCUUGGAGUCACGCGAGCGCAGCUACAAACAGCGCAUUGCCGGACUCGAACAGCAGAUAAAAACUCUGAAGGAGCAGCUGUCGCAGGAGAUCUCGAAGCGUCAGGAGUUUAUGUUGCGCAGCUCACGGGCCGGUGACGAGAUCCGCCAGAUCCGCUCCACGCUGGACGACAGCCUGCGUGAGGUGGCCGCCAACGACGAGCUGGACGCGCUGGCACUGGACGCCGAGUCCCGCCGCCUGGACGCGUUGGUGGAGCGUCACCGUGCGUCCAGUCUGCACACGCCGAGCCGUGUGGGACGCAGCUACCGCACCCCGGCCAAGUCACCGGUCCGCUCUCGUACCGUCAGCCCCAGGUCGCCGCGCUACCGUCUGCCGCCCACGUCACCGGGACGGCGUCUGGCGGCGACCACGGCGCCGCGACGCACCCUCACCUUCCGCUAGACGGACCGGCCGGCCCCGCCAGCGCCGGCCGCCCCGUAGCUACUGCCCAGUGUCCCUCCCGCUCGCCCCAGCCGUCUCCGCUGCCUGCGUCCGGACGAUGGCGGCACCAACACUGCCAGCACGGUGUCUACACAGUGCAAUAGCGGCGCCUGACGAGCCGGCCACAAAAUAGUAUUGGAGAAUCUCACAAAUUGUGUAUGAAGAAGUUAUGUUCGUGUUUUGCGCAUAUUGCAGGAACCCGCUGUCACAUUCCAUGUCGGUGUAGUGAAAUGAUCUCAAAGUCACGGGUCGCACAUGUAGAUCGUAGUGCCCGCUCCAUCGUCGCCUCUUGUCGUGUGCUAGUUGAUAGGCGAAUCACUCGAGGCACGGGAAUCCGUGUUCAUCGUCAUUUUGUCAGAAUUCCAGGCGCGUCAGCCGCCGCUGCACAGAGAAUGACUCCGUCCCUUUUGGUGCCCGGCCAUGUGUGGCGAUAUAAUUAGGUACGGUGUUGAGGAUGUGAUCAGUAUUGGCGUAAACGAAGAAAUAUGAGAUAACAUUUUGACGAUGUGAGGAAAACGUCGCGGGUUUCAUAAUGACACAAAAGAGAUAUUUAAAGCGAAUGUUUAGAAAUGCGUAAAAGGCGUUAUAUGUACGAGUGUUCAGAAUGUUGUAUAUGAGUGUCUUCUCUCGACCCGACUACUUUUUUCAUUGAUGAGGUACAUAAUUGUAAUACCGUUUGCGUUACCAUAUCGACACGAUUGUUCGACCAUUCUUCGACCCUCGACCGGCGAGUCCGCAGCCGAGUCUGCUGGGCGUCGAGCCGCCUUUGUCCCCACCCCGCCCCCGACUGGUUUGUCCCCUCCCCUCCCCUCCCCUCCCCGUGUGCCGUGUGCGUGUCCCGCCCCUGCCCCGGGCCGGCGCCUGAGUCGCCGCCGUCUGUACUGGGGAGACGGAGCGGCGACCGGCCCGGCCCGCCCGCGCACCCACCCACGCCGCAGGUCUGCACGCGUUCUAAUCUCGGUAGAACACCGCUGCAGUCCGCGCGACUCACCGCCUCUCUCCAAGACCCUGAGCCCAGCCCGGCCCGCCCUCAGUUCGCCUCUUCCCGGCCCCUCUCCCGCGACCAUCAGUUGUUCGGUGGCGGCCACGGGUCGGCCCGGGUCGGGUUGCUGUAUGUUUGGUUACUGUACCGUUCUGUUUGUUGGGCUUGUGAGAAAAUUGGCAGCCGAUCGAUAAUUCUCCGCAAUACGGUAAAUCUACAGCUCAGCGGAGUUGAACGUUUGUCACAGCAGGCGAACUUACAGAGCGAUCAUUGUUGUUGGUUAGCAACUGACGUGGAUGUUCAAUGGAAAAUUGGUGUCAUGGCUUUAAUAUCACCAAAGAUUAUGUUGUUUAGUUUAUCUCAUGGAUCAUAUUAUAUAUGCUUAUUUACAUGUUAUAUUGACUCACCGUACGAUAUGUAAACGUUGCGUUACUCAUUGCUAUACGAAUGGAUCGCACGCCUCGCACGCUUUUCGUACUAGUAUUUACAUUAGAAAGCAUAUCACGCGUAUUCUUGAUAGUCAACACAAUGUUACUUGAGCACAACACGUAGAAGAAUAAACGUGUUUUAAACUCUA